AUGUAUAUAAAUCAAUUAUUGAUAAUAAUUAUUAUUAGUCUGAAAAGUAUCAAAUGUGAACAACAAAGAAUAUUUAAUGUUUCUGAAGGAGCAUCAAUUGGAUAUAUUAUUGGAUAUAUUAAUGGUACUUCAUCAGAUGGUAUUCAAGCUAAUUUUUAUAUUGUUUAUUCGGAUAAUAGUGGUGAAACCGAAAAAUAUUUGGCUGUAGAAGAAGUAAGUGGUGAAAUACGUGUGUUACGUGAACUGGAUUACGAACGUCGUACUUCAUAUCAUCUAAUUGCUGUACCCAUAAAUCGUCCACAACAAGAAGAAGCAAUUCAUGUUAUAGUGAAUGUUAUUGAUGAAAAUGAUAAUACACCAACUUUUCCAGUUUCUUCGAUUGACGUGUCUAUUUCUGAAUUUGCUGCAUUAAAUUCGGAAAUUUCAUUACCACCAGCAGUGGAUAAUGAUUCGCCUCCGUUAUCAGUAAUCCGGUAUCAUAUCUUAUCCGGAAAUGUCAAUAAUGCAUUCAAAUUAUCAAGUAAACGAAUCAAUUCAAAAUUAUAUGUUGAUUUGAUUGUAAAUGGACAAUUGGAUCGAGAAUAUCGCAGCCAAUAUGAAUUACUUAUUGAAGCAUUAGAUGGUGGCAAUCCACCAAAUAGUGGUACAAUGCUUGUAAAUGUUACAAUUCUUGAUGCAAAUGAUAAUGCGCCAGAAUUUAAUCAAACUGAAUAUGGCGCUUUUGUCCCAUUGAAUGUAUCAAUGAAUGAUAUUGUUGCAGCUGUUCAUGCCAUAGAUUUUGACCUUGGCGAAAAUGCUCGAAUAGCUUACUCAAUUGCAAAGAGUCAUUCUGAUUUAAAACUUCCAUUUGAAAUUGAUGGUGAAAGUGGUAUAGUACGAGUAACUGAUCCGGCACUUCUCAUUUCUGGUUCAAUUUAUCAACUUUUAAUUGUUGCAAAUGAUCAUGGAUUACCACAACCACUUGAAUCAACAACUUUUCUUACAAUAACAAUUGAAAAGAGUAAUCAAUCAAAGAUUAACUUUGAUAUCAUUUGGCUUACUGAUAAUAAUCAACCGGAAAUUUAUGAAAAUAUUACAGUAGGAUAUGUUAUUGCUCGGAUUACUGUACAAAAUGCACCGCAAAAAAGUGAAUUAUUUGUAAAUGGAUGUGAUGCAUUAUGUAUUAAAGAAACUGAUUCAUUGGAUGUUUACUUAGUGAUUGCAUGUGGAUCAUUUGAUCGAGAGCAAAAAUCUAAAUAUAAUUUAUUGUUUACGAUGAAAUCACACGGAAAACAAUUAUUAGAGAUUCCGGUAUUUCUUGAGAUACUUGAUGUUAACGAUAAUGCACCUAAAUUUGACAAAUCACCAAUUCAUGUGAUAUUUAAUCAAUCUACAACACAAUUUAAAUUAAUACGAAUUCAUGCGACCGAUUUGGAUAGCGGUAAAAACGGACGAAUAAAUUAUAGUCUUUCCGGUACAAAUCAAUUCAAAAUUGAAUCUGAUACCGGUAUUCUUAGCAUUCAUGAAAAUUUUGAUUGUUUACUAAAUCGAGAAUAUCAUUUUCGUGUUUGCGCCAAAGAUUUUGGCACACCAUCGUUAUCAACAACUGUUGAUGUUAUUGCUGAAAUAAUUGAUAGUAAUGGUCAACCGCCUUUGUUUACAAAACCGUUAUAUGAUGUGACCAUUGGAGAGGAUAUCGAAUCAGGCACUUGUCUUCUCAAGGUAACAGCGAAUAAUAGUUGUGGCAAUGAAAGUAAUGUACAGUACAGUUUAUCAAAAACUGAUCCGGUCAACGAACCAUUCCGAAUUGAUGCACAAUCCGGAACAAUAUGUCUCGAAUCAAUUCUUGAUUAUGAACAAUGCACCAUUUAUCAGCUUCAUGUUUAUGCUCAUAAUAUAAAUGGACGAUUCAGUCGAGCAUUAGUAAAUAUUCACGUGAAAGACGUAAAUGAUAAUUUACCAAUAUUUUACACGCAACAAUAUAACGUUUCAAUACGAGAAAAUAUAGCAAUGAAUAGUUUACUCGUAUUAAUUUCAGCUAAUGAUGCUGAUAGUGAAAUUUAUGGAAAGGUAACUUAUCGAUUUGAAACCGGUCAGUCGGAUACGGAUGCUUUCCGAUUGGAUGAAAAAUCAGGUCGCUUAUAUGUAAAAAAUAAAUUAUCAAAAAGAGAUUAUCAUUUGAAAGUGGAAGCUAUUGAUGGAAGUGGAUUAGUUAGCGAGAAAAAGGCUACUGUUCAUAUCAGUGUUAUCAGUAAAUCCAUAUUAACACCACAAUUUACAAAUGCAUUGUAUGAAUUUAAUGUUUUAGAAGGAACUCUUCCAGGUAUAAUAAUCGGUGAAGUUAAAGCUAAAGGAUUUUUUCCGAUAAAUUAUAAUGCUUAUUCCGGUGAUCCGGAUCAUUUCUUUUCAAUUAAUGCUAAAAAUGGUCAAAUUAGCAUUGCUCAAUAUUUAGAUGCUGAUAAAUGGGAACAGUUAUUACUUAAUGUACAGGCAAUAAUGGAAAAUGGUGAAAUGAAUUAUACGCAAGUUCUUAUCAAAUUAACUGAUAGCAAUGAUAAUGCACCAAUUUUUGAAUUAAAUAAAAUUGAAUCAUAUGUUUAUGAAAAUUAUCCAACAAAUGUGCCAUUCUUUGCUAUACAAGCAUAUGAUAAGGAUCGUGGAAAGAAUGGCGAUGUGAAAUAUGCAUUAUUAGAAAGUGAACCAGAAGAAUGUCCAAUUUUAAUUCAACCAUUAAGUGGUGAAUUAAUAUUAACAGCUAAAUUAGAUUUUGAAUUAAUCAAUAAAUAUUGGUUAAUAAUAGAGGCGCAAGAUGACGGAAUACCGCCACGUUCAUCUAAUAUCACUGUGAUUGUAAAUAUUCUCGACAUUAAUGAUAAUAAACCUGAAUUCAAGGAACAAAUGUAUUUUGUUGAUGUACCGGAAGAUGCUCAACUUAUGACUGAUAUUUUAACAGUUCAAGCAAAAGAUUUAGAUAGCGAACAAAAUGCUAGGAUUUCGUAUCAAUUCAGUGAAGAAAAUGAUAAUUUCGGCAUUAAUUCGGUAACCGGAAAUAUUUUUGUGAAAGGAAUACUUGAUCGUGAAAUGAUUCCGGAAUAUCAUUUAUUUGUUAUUGCUAGUGAUAACGGAAAACCACAACUUUCAUCUCAAACAAACAUUCAUAUCAAAAUUUUGGAUGUCAAUGAUAAUUCACCGUUAUGUCCAGUGAUAAAUUCAUUUACACUUAGUGAUAAAAUUGAUAUUGGUGUAACAUUUGAUAAAAUAGUUGCAACGGAUCCGGAUGAAGGCUUAAACGGAAGCUUAUUGUAUCGAUUAAAAGUAGAAGAUAUUAAUUUUGCUAUUCAGGAAAACGGUGAAUUAUUUAUGAAAAGAAAAAUUACGAUGAAAGAUCACAGAAAAGAAAGUCGCUUAUCAGUGAUAAUUUUUGAUCGAAACGGUGAUAUGCAAGCACGAUCAACUAUUUGUCCAAUUCGUAUUAUUAUUGGAAAGUUAAAUUCUAAAGUUAAAUUAUUGGAACCAAUAGAUCGUAUUAUUAGAAUUGAUGAAAAAUGCAUAUCGAAUUGCUUGUUAAAAAUAUUGAAUGCAACAGAUGUUGCAAGAUGGGAAAUUAAAUUGAGCGAUAUUUCAAAUAAUUUUGAAAUUUGGAAUAAUACAAUUCGUACUUCUGCAUAUUUCAAUAAAACCACAAUCAAUGAUAGUCAAACAUUAUCAGUGAUAGCAUUUGAUAAUGAUAAUCAUCAACAACAAAUUGUAUUUAUCAUUCGUAUAUCAAAAUUAGGAUUGUCACAUCGAGAUGAUAAGACAACUGUGAUAAGAAUACCAAAUACUAUAUCAGUUGGUUCAAAAUUAGUAACACUAAGUAAUGAAACGAAUAAUAAUGCGACAAUAUGGCAUUUAAAAAAUGAGACAGAUGCAUUUUACCUGGAUAGUAUAACAUCAACCUUAUAUUUGGCAACAAAUAUUCGUUGGUUUCAUCAAAAAAGUUAUCUUCUUAAUGUGGAAAAAUGGCAUUCAUUAAAUUAUAAGCAAAUUGAACAACAAAAUAUUUACAUUGAAAUUGAGCCAACAAAUAUUCAUUGGCCUCAAUUUUUGAAUUGUCCACGUUUUUUAACAAUUAAAGAAAAUGAGCCAACAGGUUCAAUAAUUGGAAAAGUAUCUGCUGAGGAUACGAAUGAUGAUGAUGAUGAUGGACAAUUGAGCUAUUCAAUAGUUCAAAGUUCAACUGGAUUAUUUUCAAUUGAUCCAGAUACUGCUGAAUUAUUGCUCAUUCGUUCAUUACAUUGGGAAAAGGAUUUAUCAUUGUUUCUGGUCGUUGAAGCAGAAAAUAGUAACAGCGAUGUGAUAAGACGUUCACAUUGUGUUGUUUUUAUCAAUGUUGAAGAUAUCAAUGAUCAUCAACCACAAUUUCUAAGUUCACAAAAGAUAACGAUUGAUGAUAAUUUUGUUAAUGAUGAUAUUAUCCAUCAUAUUGUUGCUAUUGAUGAUGAUGCAGGCGGUAAUGGCAAAGUCACAUAUGCGCUUAUCGAUGGAAAUACUGAUAAUGCAUUCAGUAUUGAUUCCAAUACUGGUGCUUUAAUUCUUAAACAUCGUUUCAACAAUGAACGACGCAUACGCAUACGCGCAAGCGAUAAUGGCGUUCCGUCGAGAUAUGCGGAAAAGGAUAUUACUGUUAAAUUUGAUUCAGGACAUCAACAAUGGAAAUUUUUUCCGCAACGGAAAUAUUUCAUUAAUAUGAAUGGUAGCGCAACACCCGGAACUGUUCUACAUGAUUUUUUUGCAAAUAGAAAUGGAUGGCCACAGAUGAAAUUGUUUCCAUAUUUUGUUUCGGAAAAUGAUAUUUUACAAUUAUCAGAUGAUGGAAAAUUGAUAAUAUUAAAGGCAGUUACACCUGGAAUCUAUGAUUGGCUUGUAAUAGCAUUAGGAGAAGAAAAAUUGAUUGAUUGGACAUUUGUUCAUCUAAGCGUAAUUGGCACUAAUCAAUAUCCGCCACGAAUCACGUCAUCAAAUUGUGGUAAUUUAACAAUACGUGAAAACGUUGCUGCAAAACAUCUCACACGUAUUUAUGCAUGGGAUGAAGAUGCUAGCAGUGAUAAUAAAAUUUUUUACAAAAUAGUCGCUGGAAAUGAAAAUUCGGCUUUUUUCCUCAACUCUACCACCGGAUUACUAUCAUGUCGUGAAUUGGAUCGUGAACAACAAUCACAAUAUUUUCUCGUGAUCACUGUUGAAGAUCAAGGCAUUCCAAAUCGUGCUGAUACUUGUGCAUUACGGAUUACAGUAACGGAUGAAAACGAUAAUGUACCUGUUUUUAAUGAUAAUAAUCCGACAUUGAUAGAAAUUGAUGAUAAUAAACGAGUUGGUGAUAUAUUAGGAAGACUAUCAGCAACAGAUGAUGAUGAAGGUUCAAGUGGUAAAAUAUUAUUUAGCAUUAUUGAAGAUGCUAGUGGUUUGUUGGAUAUUCGUGCUAAUACCGGCGAAAUUAUUUUUGCUAGAGAUUAUCCAACUUCACAGAAUGAAUAUACAAUUAAAGUUAAAGCAGAAGAUCAAGGUAUUUCACGAGUAUUAUCAUCAGAAUUAAACAUUAAACUUCAUUUAAUUCGAUCUAAAUCGGUGAUCAAAUUAGACGAACCACAAUUUUUAAGUGAACAUUAUUUUGGUUUUAUUAAUGAAGGUGAACAACGUGGACAAUUUGUGCUUCAGAUUCGUAGCUCAGAUCGUUUAACAGAAGAUGCACCAUUAUCAUAUAGCAUUAUCAGUGGUAAUAUGGAUAGAGCAUUUGAUAUCGAUGAUAACGGACGUAUAAUAACCACUCAACAAUUAGACUAUGAAAUUCAAAAUAUUUAUGCGUUGAAAGUGAUCGGAACGAGUAAUGUAAUGAAAAUAUCUGAAACAAACAUACAUAUAAGAGUAAUCAAUACAAACGAUAAUGUUCCAUCAUUUCCAAUACUAAAAGAUGUGAAAGUACUUGAAUCAGCAACGUAUGGUACCUUGAUAGGAACAGUAGUAGCGACAGAUGUUGACAUUGAUACACAAUUGGAAUAUAGUUUAUUAUCAUCCAAUGAUCUAUUCGAGAUUGAUCCAUUUACUGGAAAAAUAUUUCUAAUUCAAAAUUUGGAUUAUGAAAGUGAUAAGGAGCAUAUAGUUCAUAUUCAGGUAACAGACGGUGAUAAUACUUCAAGUGCUACGUUACGAAUAAUUGUGGUGGAUGUUAAUGAUAAUGCACCACAAUUUGAACAACAAUUUUAUCUAAUUAAUAUUGUAAAAAAUAUUGAAUUAGAUUCGGUAAUUGCUAAAAUACAUGCAAGUGAUCCGGAUACAGGACUUGCUGGAACAAUUCGCUAUGAAUUAGUUCUAGAUAACCAGAAAUAUUUCAGGAUUAAUCCUGAAUCAGGUGAUCUAUUGAUAAAUGGUAAAUUAGAAGAUCAAUCAACAUACUAUCUAAUGAUUCAUGCAUUUGAUCAAGGUAAACCAGUGCAAAGUUCUGCUGUUGCUGUUCAAAUUAAUGUUGGAAUUGACGAUUACAAUCGAAAACCCAUACAAUUCACUAAUGAAUCAUUCAAUUUUACGAUACCAGAAAACAUACAUCCAUAUAUUGAAUUUGGUAAAGUAACUUUAAUAGACGAAUUACCAGUAUGCACAUCACUGCGAAUUCAAAAUUUUGAAUUUUCCAAUAUUUUUGGUAUCUCCCGUGAUGGUUCAAUUUUUCUGAAAUAUCCAGUUGAUGCUGAAUUUAAGAGUGACUAUGAAUUCUUGGUUGAAGCAUCGUCGCCAUAUGCAACGUACAAUUCAUCCGUUAAAGUAUACGUGAAAGUGAUGGACUUAAAUGAUAAUGCGCCAUAUUUUAUUGAAAAAAUGGAUGAAAUAACAAUCAGUGAAGGAAUGAUAAUAAAUGAAGUUUUGGGAAGAUUUGUGGCUGUUGAUAAUGAUAGCGAUGAUAAUGGACGUAUUUCUUAUCAAGUGUUAUCUGGAAAUAAUUAUGGAAUAUUCAAUUUGAAUAGCUCUUCGGGAGUGUUAUAUCUCGAGAAAAAUAUUGACAUUGAAGAAAUGAAUUUCAAUGAUGCUUUAGAUAAUUUAUUAAUUGCUGCUAUUGAUAAUGGCAUACCAAGUCGAUUAAAUUGGACUUCAGUUCGAAUUAAUUUUAAUUCUAAUUUUUCAUCAGCUACUGCUCCAUUUUUUAUCGUUUCACAAUACGAAAGAAGUAUAUUUGAAAAUUUACCAAAAGGAAGUAUUGUAUUACAUUCAAAAGCUGUCAAUAAAUUAGGCCUACCUGGUGAUAAUUGGAUUUAUACAAUAACAGAUACCAAUGAGUCAUUUGUAUGCAACAAAAGUACUGGCCAUAUAAUACUUAGCAAAAAAUUGGAUUUUGAAAUGCAAACAAAGUAUGAAUUCAUCCUGAAAGUUCAUGAUAAUCAAAAUCGAUCAGCGAUGGUAUCAGUUCGGAUCCGAGUUCUUGGCAUUGAUGAAUAUCCACCACUUUUCACAAAAACUAAUUAUAUCUUUCAGAUUUCGAGAAAUUUACAAAUUGGCGAAUAUAUUGGUGUUGUAUCAGCAAUAGAUCAUGAUUCGGGUAUAGAUGGUAUUAUCAGAUAUGAAAUACAGGGAAGUGCAUCGCAAUAUUUAAGUAUCGAUUCAAAUACAGGACAAAUUAUAUUGUCACAUCAAUUUCCACACAGAGCAAAUACUAAUAUUACAAAUGAUGAAUUCAUCGUAACUGCUAGUUCUAGUGCAAAACAAACUUCUCGUACUAAAGUAAUUCUUCAGAUUGGUGAAUUUUUACCGCGUGAUGUAUUUUCAACGAGAAAAACUUUAACAAUGACCCAAAGUUUGACCAUUGGCUCAUUAUUAUUACUUUUUGUCCUACUAAUUACUCUUAUUGCAUUGGUCAUCAAUAUGAGAAUAAAAAAUCGUACAAAGUCAAAAAAAAUGGUACAUAAUAACAAAGGUAAUUUUACGGUGAUAAGAAAUACGAAUGAGUCAUCGCCACGUUUUCAAAAUGAAACACAAAUUGCUCCACUUCCAUCUUCAUCAUAUACCAAAUUUAAGAAUUCUUCCAUAACUUCCACGCAUCUCAACAAUAAUACUACAAAAAUUCUAUAUAAACCACCAAUAGAAACACAAAUGGGAAAUUAUUCCAUCACAUAUUCAAUGCCUGAUUCCGGUAUUGAUCCGGAUGAGAUAUCAGUGACAAGUUCAGUUACUGAUUAUCUUAAUCAAGUUGGUGUAACACCAAAUAAGUAUUUUGAAUCAAAUCAAGGCACAUCCAGAGAGUUUUUUAUGGAUUACAAAAAUGAUGCAAACAACGAUCCGGAAAUUAGUGAAUUAAUUUAUGCUAAAGUUGAUGAAAUUUUAAGUCCGGCAAACCGGAUGAAUGCAUAUUUCACAUCAAAUAAUUCAAUUAAUAUUUCAUCAUUUAAUGCUAAUUUGAUUAGCACUGAUUCAGUACCUUCAUUUCGACCGCUCAGUGAACUUUUAUUGGAUAUGAAGAAGCAACAACGUUGA